GUAAUAAUGGCGGCGGCCGCACGCCGGUUGAACACGCUAAUAAACACAAUAAACGCUUGUAAAAACGGUGCUGGCGUUUAUUUGUGCACAACUCAAUCGUUCAAAUGGAAAAUCUCCACGCGACGGGUUGUAACAGGGCUGUGCAUCGCGGUAGGAGGAAUAGCUGUGUGUCACCACUGCCCAAUGAAAGGAGUCGACACAACGAAGAUGAUCCACGCAGUCCCGGUUGUGUUUGCGAGAGAAAAGACGAAGAUAGCAGCUGAUGAUGAAGAAAUUGGAAUGUCAGCUCAUGAGCACAGAUUUCGUCUGUUCAGUUCAAUGGAGUAUGAAGGGCAGCUUUACAUGACACCACUGGACUUCAUUGAGUCGGUUACAAUGAGUGAGCCAAAGAAAAAAAGGUUUUGGCGAGCCCUGACAAGACAGGAUUUAGAUAAGAUUCUCUCAGAUACACCUCCUGUUUGGAAAGGAUCAUCCAGGCUUUUCAGGAAUUUAAAUGAAAAAGGCAUCAUCUCAUAUACAGAGUAUCUAUUUCUUCUUUGCAUUUUGACAAAGCCUCAGGCAGGAUUUAAGAUAGCUUUCAACAUGUUUGAUGCAGAUGGCAAUGAAAUGGUCGACAAAAGGGAGUUUUUGGUGCUAGAGGAAAUAUUUCGUAAGAAAAAUGACAAAAGAGGUGGAGAGACUGGCAGCUCAUCACAAGUGAAUGUGGAACUGUAUGGAUACCAAGGUUCAGUCAGCCAAGCUGCAUUUACAAAAGAACAACAAAGGUUUGAACCCAGAAGCUUCUGGGAUAUGCUGAAGCAUGGUGCAAGAAUUGUUCUCUUUUCAGAUCUGGUGGAGCAUGUACAAGAGAAUAUUGCUGACACAACUCUGUUGGUGCAUUUCUUUGGAAAAAAGGGGAAAACUGAACUGAACUUUGAGGACUUUUACAGAUUCAUGGAUAACCUGCAGACAGAAGUCCUUGAGAUUGAGUUCCUUGCCUAUUCGAAAGGCAUGACCACCAUCAGUGAGGAGGACUUUGCCAGGAUUCUUCUGCGAUACACCACUGUGGACAACAUCAGCAGCUACCUGGAAAAUGUGCAUCAGAGCAUACCUGAUGAGAAGGGAAUCAAUUUUGAGGAAUUCAGGUCAUUCUUUCAGUUCCUCAAUAACUUAGAAGACUUUGCCAUUGCCAUGCAAAUGUACAACUAUGCAAGUCGACCAAUUGGACAAGAUGAGUUUGCACGUGCAGUUUACGUUGCCACAGGUUUAAAGCUCUCCCAGCACCUUGUGAACAUUGUUUUCAAGAUAUUUGAUGUGGAUCACGAUGACCAACUUAGCUACAAGGAGUUCAUUGGCAUCAUGAAGGACCGCCUGCAUCGAGGAUCCUGGGGAUAUCGAGGAGAGGAGAGGUUCACCUCCUUUAAGGCCUGUAUGAAGAAAGAACUGUCUCGAAAAUAGCUUGGGAAAAGAAAAAAUAUAUAGCCUUAACCUUACAUUUAUAUUUAUUGCCAUAUUUAGAAUUUUGUAGCUAUUCUAUUUUGUAGCAGUGAAAUAAAUUAGUGAUAUUGUUUUCAGUAAACAAAAUCAGGCUUGGUAGUAUGAUUUUGCUUUUGAGAGGUUUAAACAAAUGCUUAGAGCAUGA